CCCUGAGAGUCCUGACAGUCUUGUCCCUGCAUCAAACCCACACACACACACACACUGCGGGAGCCUCGCUCCAUCACACACCACCUCACGUCUCCGUCUCCCUCUCCCUCCACUCGUUGAGCUUGUCCCCUCUGAAGACCAUGCCUGUCCAGUCCACUCUGUCGGCCAGGGGGUCCACCGCCAAGGCCGUGGACACGCAGGCGGACGGGAAGUCCUUCGAGCAGCUGAGGCAGGAGUGUCUCCAGAAGGGGGUCCUGUUUGAGGACCCGGACUUCCCCGCAGCCGACUCCUCGCUCUUCUUCAGCGAGGCUGUCCCCGUGGACGUAAAAUGGAAGAGACCCAAGGAACUCUGCAAAGACCCGAAGUUCAUCGUCGGGGACGCAGAUAGGACGGACAUCUGCCAGGGACAGCUGGGGGAUGCUUGGUUCUGGCAGCCAUCGGCAUCCUUGACCCUAAAAAAAGGACAGCCUCGGCGAGUCAUCCGGGAACAGGAGUUUCGACACAGAUACGCCGGCAUCUUCCAUUUCCAGUUCUGGCAUCACAACCAGUGGCUGGACGUGGUGGUGGACGACCGGCUGCCAACGGUGAGAAACCAGCUCAUCAUGCUGCACUCCGCCACCAACAACGAGUUCUGGAGCGCUCUGCUGGAGAAAGCCUACGCCAAACUGCACGGCAGCUACGAGUCCCUGAAGGGGGGCAGCACCAUGGAGGCCAUGGAGGACUUCACCGGCGGCGUCGGGGAGAUCUACGAAACCAAGAGAGCGCCGGACAACCUGUACACCAUCAUGAAGACGGCGCUGAACCGGGGCUCCAUGAUGGGGUGCUCCAUCGAUAUCAGCAGCUCGGCGGAGUCGGAGGCCAAGACCACGACCGGCCUGGUGAAGGGACACGCGUACUCCAUCACAGGCCUGGAGGAGGUGAGUGUCAGAGGCCAGAAGGUCCAGCUGGUCCGGAUCAGGAACCCCUGGGGUCAGGUGGAGUGGAACGGACCCUGGAGCGACGACUCCAGAGAGUGGAACUAUGUCGACGCAGCCGAAAAAAAUCGCCUCCAGCAGAACUCGUUGGACGACGGCGAAUUCUGGAUGGAGUUCGAAGACUUCAAGAGGAACUACGACAAGGUGGAGAUCUGCAACAUGACCCCCGACGCCCUGAACGAAAACCCAAACCGCCGCUGGGAGGUCAACAUGCUGGAGGGGAACUGGAUCCGCGGGUCCACCGCCGGCGGCUGCAGGAACUUCAUCGACACGUUCUGGAACAACCCGCAGUUCAAGCUGCAGCUGGAGGACGCCGAGGACGACGGGGACGACGGGUGCAGCGUCAUCAUCGCCCUGAUGCAGAAGAACCGGCGGAAGCUGAGGAAGGAGGGCAUGGACCUGGAGACCAUCGGCUUCGCUUUGUACAAGGCCCCGGGAGGCGUGGACCACCUGGGGAAAGACUUCUUCCGCUACAACCCGUCCGCGGCCCGCAGCAAGACCUACAUCAACAUGCGGGAGGUGACGGAGCGCUUCGAGCUGCCCCCGGGGGAGUACGUGCUGGUCCCCACCACCUUCCAGCCCCACCAGGAGGCCGACUUCAUCGUCCGGAUCUUCUCUGAGAAGAAGGCCGCCGCCCUCGAGAUGGGGAGCAACGUGGACGCCAACCUGCCAGAUCCGCCCAUGCCCACGUCUCCAGAGGAGGAGACAACGGAGGAGAAAGGCCUGAGGAAGCUGUUCGAUCAGCUGGCUGGUGACGACAACGCCAUCUCUGUCAGGGAGCUGCACCAGAUGCUCAACGCCGUUCUCAGCAGACGAAAGGAAAUCACAUUCAAGGGCCUGAGUCUGAGCACCUGCCAUAGUAUCAUCAACCUGAUGGACGUGGACAACACCGGCAUGCUGGAGUUCCAAGAGUUCAAGGUCUUCUGGGAAAAGAUGAAGAAGUGGAUCAUGCUCUUCUUGACCUUUGACACCGACCGCUCAGGGAAGAUGUCGUCCUACGAGCUCCGCAGUGCUCUCAGCGCCGCAGGCAUGCAGCUGAACAACAAGCUCCUGCAGCUCAUCGGAUUGAGGUUUGCUGACCAGGACUACAACUUGAACUUCGACGACUACCUCACCUGCAUCGUCCGUCUGGAGAACAUGUUCAGAACUUUCCAGGUUCUGGACAAAGCUAAGAGGGGACGGGUGAAGAUGAACAUCAUGCAGUUCCUGAUGUUGUCGAUGAACGUCUGAGGAGACGCUGAGGGCCAACAGAAGCCACCCGAAGAA